AUAUCCUCGAAUAUGCAGACUUCCUGAUGGCUCUGCACGUUUCACCACAUCAAUAUCCAUUCUACAGCAUGACAUACGCUCCUAUAUGACAAUUAGGCCCGUAGCUCUCUUGUUUUGCUACCUGACGCUGCAUUGUACCUUGUACACGUCGCGCUGCCCAAUCCCAAUACCGGUACCUGUACCUCCCCUCCUCUAGGGCCUAUCGUGCCCUCUUCCCUCAAACACCCUACCUGACCUAUGGAUCGGGCCAAUCCAGUUUCCAUGCCGCAGUGCUCCCAAUUCGCAGAUGACCUUCCCCAUGACCACUCCACCACGGACCCAGCAGAUCUCCCGCACCACUCCCUCAAGACAAACAGCUCUAGCAUGUGGGAUAGAUUGGUUCCGAAGCUGGGGAACUGGUUGAAAAAGGAGGAUGGUGGAGAGCUACUCUCAGUCCCACUCGAGAACCGCGACCCAUACCUCGACAAGCCUACAUCCUUGGGCAGAAGAUCAUCUGGCCGGAAAGCUGUACCGGGUCUACCUAGGAACAUCACUUUCAAGAGACAAAACUCAGAGAAGAGAGAUCGUUUGAUACCUGUUGAUCCCCAGAAAGAUUCAAGGAGAGCACUUUCUGUCGGAAGGUUCCGUUCAGGAUCCAAGAGAACGCUUUCACCUCACCCUGUUUCCUCUCCUUCCCUUUCUGCACCUGAUGUGCGGACUAUUGAUGGUCAUAGUACUCAAGGCACGAUUGCGCCUAACGAGGUAGUCACAGAUGCAAAGACUCAAGAGAAUGCAGAUAUGCCCCUGGAUGAUAUCCUGGAAACUUCUAAUCGUGCCCAACCGCCCCAGAUCUCCACAAGCAACGAUGUGCUGUCAGAUCAUGACUCAUUAUCUGAACCUAUCGAUGAACGUCUUCUGCAGCAGGAGCUAGAAGCAAAAUGGAUACUAAACCUAAGCAUGCACUUUCGUGACGCAUCGGAUCGCGAAAAAUUCUUCAUUACCUAUGCUGAAGCGCCCAACAAGUGGCGCCGCGUUACAGUAUCGUGCGAUUAUCGAAACGUGACACCUGAUUCGCUUGAGUACGAUCUUAAGAGUCUGCACUAUCCGCGCGACAAGAACUGUAGGAUAUAUGAGUCGAUUCGCGACUCUCUACCCGAUAUACAGUUCUAUGAGACCGUUACCAACCUGAAGCUCCAGACAGAUGAUGGCCGAUUGCACGUCCACGUCACCGAAGACGUCAACGAGAUCAUUGCCUAUCCUCCAGUCACUGCCGUCUCACACCUGAACUGCAAGAUGUAUCAUGAGAGCUCGGUCAAUUUUGAAUCUCACAUCUCUGGCUUUGUCUACAAAGUUGCAAUUGGAAAAAGGACGUACAUCAAAAAAGAAAUUCCCGGCCCGGACACGGUGGAGGAGUUUCUCUAUGAGGUCAACGCAUUAUACAGGUUGCGCAGUUCUCAUGGCGUCAUCAAAUUUGAAGGCCUCAUUGUCGAUGAGACAGGUGACCGGGUCAAGGGUUUGUUGAUCAGUUAUGCUGAGCAAGGAGCUUUGGUCGACCUCAUCUUUGAUUUGAAGAAAUCGCCCCAUCUUCGUUGGGGUAGACGGGAACGAUGGGCCAAACAGAUUGUAAAGGGUCUUUCGGAAAUUCAUGAAGCCGGAUUUGUUCAAGGCGACUUUACUCUGUCCAACAUCGUCGUCGACAGUCUGGACGACGCAAAGGUCAUCGAUAUAAAUCGCAGAGGCUGUCCUGUUGGCUGGGAGCCUCCAGAACUGACCGAUCUCAUCGAAAGGAACCAACGAAUCUCCAUUUACAUUGGUGUUAAGUCUGAUAUCUUUCAGCUUGGAAUGGUCCUGUGGGCAAUCAUGGAAGAGCAGGACGAACCUGAAAGGGAGGACCGCCCUUUACUUGUGGACGACGCGCUAGCUAUACCGGAGUACUUCAAGGCAAUCGUCAAAGCAUGUCUGAGCGAAGAUCCGGAAGGACGGCCAUCUGCGAAAGACAUCUACGGGAGAUUCCCGCCCAUCGACCAAAGCUGUGCUAUGCCUUUGGGUGCUUCACAUCAAAGCCUAUCGACACACCGAUCGGACAAGGAAUACAUUGAUCCCUCUACAGCAGUUGAUCUGGAAGACAUUGAUCUCUACCGUCGUGGGCGUGCCCUCGUCAUGGCUUGCGGCGAAGAUGCAAAGUAUCCCGACACCACCACAAAUCGUACCUCAACAUCGUAUCACGUCGAUAGCUCUGACUAUUCGUUUAUUCCAGCCCGUAGCGGAUCGCCGACUAGUGCGAGCGCACUCACGAGUCACAGCCGACGUCCAUUUGACAAUUCUCCAGAUCCGGUGCGCGCGCUCUCAAUGAACGACAGCAAUAUCGAUGGUGUUGGUAAAUUGAGUGAGAAAGAGCAGAGGUGGGAAAAGAUUAACAUCGACUCGGACAUGCGAAUGGAAAUGGCGAAACGUUCAGAAAAUCCCAGAGAGGAUCGUGUGCCGAGCAGUUUUGAUCCCUAUCGUCCGCAUUCUCAUGAUGCCACCAACGAAGUGGUGCCUGUCUCGCAGUUCACGACUACUGUACCCAUCAAUGAUACCCCUGAGGCAACUCCGAGGAGAGGUGGGACAUUUAGUGAUGAUACACCCAAGGCUCAUCGAGAGUCUGCACCUGAGGUUAGGGUAGGAUUUUCCGUGAUACCCGAGCUCGCUCAGCUUGAUUCUGCAGUAACUGAUGACCGUCAAUGGCUCCCAUCACCCCCAUCAAUGCCCUUGUUUCGCCACGAGAAGGAUCCUACCAUAGCUCCAUUAUUACCCCACGAGCAGGCAACUUCGUUCUAUAAUGAUGCCAUCCCACUCGAUAUAUCCCCAACGAGUUCCAACCGCAAGGCGUCUCUCGAGCUACCGGCAUUUUCUCGAGGGCACGUGAUUGAUGCGGACGGACCCCCUCCCGGAUCACGAGGUUCCGGUUCCGGGUCAUUCUCUGAUCGCGUUCACAAUCGUAGAUCGCAUGACGCACACUUGGCAGACCUUGAAACAGAAGUUCUUUCGGUACCUACGCCAGCACCCAUCCGGCGACGAGAAUCGGGUCCGUUUGGACCACCCGUGCAUCACGACUCUGGAUUCCAUGAGCCUGACGUGUUGUUAACCACAACAACUGGAUUGGGGGAGUGGACGAGCAAAGCGGUCCCCGAAAAAGUCGAUGAGCUAAAGCGAUUAGAGGAACGCGAAGAGCGACGCAGAAUGAGUGAUGAGAUGGACCAAAAGCGGAUCAGAGAUGAAGUCCAAGAAGUCCUGAGGAGUGUGAGCGGCAAUCUUGGAAAGAUGAAGAUAGAGGCGAAUGCGAAUGGUGACAGUGGUGCACAUCCGCAACGCAAAGCUGAUGACUGAACCUUCAGCACUCAUUACCACUUUAUACGCCACCCUAAGCGUGGUACUCCCGCACUAAUACUAUGGAGGCACAGGCAUCGAUGCCACUUUGUCUUACUUUAUUAUGAUAUCCCCAACUUCGAUUUUGUUGUUUUGCUAGAAUUUUGGGUAUGGCGUAUGAACGUUUUGGGACGAUUGUGUUUUUUGAUUUGCGCCUUGCCUUUCGAAUGGGAGAGACAGUCGUGGCCAGUCAGUGACGACUGCAUAACGGCUGGGUGGUUUUGGUCUUUGAUCACAUGCGUCACGUUGUUGGAUACGAACUUACGAAUAGUUGAUUGGGGCUAGCGG